AUGGAGAAUUUUGGAGAUCCCAACUCUCAUUUGAUGCGGGCCGGACGUCAAGUGGGAAUUCACUUCAAGACGGACCGCAACGUCUAUCCGACUGUUCAAGCGCAUGCGUUAAUGGAAUAUGUCAAGAAUGAUUUAAAGGACGUGGAAAAGUCCAACCGAAUCAUGGAAGAACUCUACAAGCGAUACUUUGAACACGGCGAAAACAUCAAUUCGGUGGCCGUACUCCAGCAAAUCGGUGCAACCUUUGGAUUGGAACAGGACGUGGUGGAACAAGUGGCGCAAGACGACACCCGCCAUCGUUCCAUUCUACAAAAGGAUCAUUUGCAUAAAGCUCGUAUGCACAUUCGCGGUGUUCCCUUUUACAUUAUUGAACAGCAGGACAACAACAGUCGGCCCGUGGGAUUCUCGGGAGCACAACCACCUGCAGUCAUUGCCGAGUAUUUGAGAGAGGCGGCUGGGUUGGAGUAG